CGCCGUUAGGAAACACGGCAUUUCUACAGCAGGCCAGCUGUCUCUGCUACUGGAGAAAGAAAGCAAUGGAGAAGAUCGGAAAGCGAUUCCAAGGGAAAGUGGCAAUCGUCACAGCUUCAACUCAAGGCAUCGGCUUCAGCAUCGCCGAGCGGAUCGGCGGCGAGGGGGCCGCCGUUGUCAUCUCUUCUCGCAAGCAGAAAAAUGUGGAUGAAGCAGUUGAGAAACUGAGGAGUAAAGGCAUUGAAGUGUUGGGAGUAGUAUGCCACGUGUCAAAUGCAGAGCAUAGGAAGAAUUUGGUAGAGAGGACAGUGCAGAAAUAUGGAAAGAUAGAUGUAAUUGUGUCCAAUGCUGCUGCCAACCCUUCGGUGGAUUCAAUUUUGGAAACUAAAGAAUCUGUCCUUGACAAGCUAUGGGAGAUCAAUGUGAAAGCCUCUAUACUCCUACUUCAAGAUGCGUCUCCUCACAUGCAGAAAGGUUCAUCUGUCGUUUUAAUCUCUUCUAUUACUGGAUUCAACCCGCCACAAGGAAUGUCAAUGUAUGGAGUGACCAAAACCGCUCUUUUUGGGCUUACCAAGGCGCUUGCAGCUGAAAUGGCACCGAAUACUCGUGUUAACUGUGUAGCACCGGGCUUCGUGCCCACGCACUUUGCUGAUUUCAUAACGAGGACCGAGGAAAUGAGGAAAUCCCUCGAGGAGAAGACGCUUCUCAAUAGGCUCGGGAAGACAGAAGACAUGGCGGCGGCCACCGCCUUUUUGGCGUCCGACGAUGCUGCUUAUAUAACUGGAGAAACCUUGGUAGUUGCUGGAGGAAUGCCUUCCAGACUCUGAGAUCCUUUUUGCAGUCUUUGGUUUACAAAGCACAGUUUGUAUGAUCCAAAAAGUCAAUUAUUUUUUCCACCUUGUUAUGACAUAAUCACGAUGUCACGAAAUAGCGAUUUCAAUCCCUCAAUUGUUAAUGUGAACAUUAUUGGCCGUUAAAUGUU